UAAAGAAACAAUAGUUUUGACUAUGACAAAACAAAAUAUAAAUGACAUGACUUUAGCUUAUACAUCUCCUGAAAAUAUUAAAUAUGAAGUUGAAGCUCCAAAUAAAAAAUCUGAUAUCUAUGCACUUGCAAUCACUGCAUUUGAAAUAAUUAGUAAUUUUUCAUCAGCUUGGCAUGGUAUUAUUCCUGUUCUAAAAGAUAUUUUUUUAAUGAAUGCUGUAGUAUCUGGUAAACGACCAAAUGUUAAUCACCUGUUAACACUUUAUGGUAAAGAAAAUAUAAAUGUUCAUAAAUUUAUAAGUUUCAUUCAACAAGGUUGGGGAGGUAAUCCUUCUUUGCGACCAACUAUUUCUGUGUGGACGGAGACAUUAACCCAGAUAAUGAAUUUUGUAAUAGAUAUCACGAGUGACAACUGCUUUGAAACUGAAGAAGAUACAGAAUCAACAGUUUUUAGUUAUGUUGGAGAUUUUAAUGGUCAUAGAUCAGUUUUAAACUUGUCUUUUGACCAAUUUUGUUCACUUGAAAUGUAUCCAGCUUUAUCUGAAACUUUUAGUCAAUUAUAUAAAACUUCUUUAGCUUGUAGUAAAACUGAUAUCACAAGUGAUAACUGCUUUGGAACUGAAGAAGAUACAGAAGUAUGUAUAAGUUACUUUUAUACUUUUUUUUUUUCUCUUUUUUUUUAUUAUGUUUGUUAAAAAAUAUUUUAAU